AUGAAGACAUCUUUAGUGAUUACAAUCGCGUUGUUCACGAUUUUUACUAUAUCAGAAAUAAGCUGUAAAACAUGUAUGGGAUUCAAGGAAAAAUGUCUUGAUGACAGUGACUGUUGUUCUGAAAGUUGCUACAUGGCAGGCCAUGUAAAUGACAGAUUUUGUAUAAACCCCGUAAAUUCAACCGCUGCUGUUAAAGUUGAACAUGGUUUGUGUUCAUACAAUGCAUCGUUCCAUAAAGAAUCCAGCGACCAUAUGUUCAAGUUAAUAGGGAUGAAUGCAGCCCACGCUAUGUUGCCAAAAGGCUCAGAAAUUAAGUUAACGAACGCGGCCAACAAUAAAACUAUAGAUGUCACAAUAAAUAACUAUUUGCAACCAAAUAACGAAACCCUUUUGCAGUUAUCCAAAGAAGCAGCACGAGAGUUAGGUGUUAAAGAUGGAGAGACAAUUCCAUGUUCUGUAUAUCUUUAUGAAAAAGAAACUAACUAUUCUGCAGUCAAAAAAUUUAUUGGCUUUUCUGCAUCAUUCUUUGUAAUUGCAUUCCUCAUAUUUAAUUAUAUGUAA